AUGCUAGCGGAGGAGGAUCCAUCAAUUACAGAGCUUGAAGCUUACCUGCACGAAUCACCAUCGGAUGGGACAGAGACAUCUUUGCCGUACAUGCCGGAGUUACCAUUAGUAGAUGCUGGAUUCCCGUCAAACUACUACUAUCCGCCAUGUCAGCCAAUAGGGUACCCGUCACAGAAUGAAUACAUUUCAUGCGAUUUCAUUCAACGAUCAUCGGAAACUAGCCAUUCUCCAAUUGGUUUAACUGCGAACGGAUAUGAGGAGGUGCAUGAUAUUAGCGAACAAGGAAUACAAAUCGGUCAUCCCGAACAGAUCCAAAUGCCGGUUCAACAAUCCACACAUGGCGAGUCAACGAGUAAGCAGUCAAAUGUGGCUUUAUUCAUCUCUGGAUUCGAUAAACUUCUGCCAUCAUCGCUUGCUACUACCGAAGCACCAGCUCCGAAGAAGUCCACUCAAAAGAAGGUUCGAAAAACGAAGCUGAAGCCGGCAGUAGUCAGCGAAUGGCGGUGUGUUCCAUGCAACAGGAUGUUCCGGAUGGAAAGGGGAUUAUUGCAACACAACGGCAGUUAUCAUUCUGGAGUGAAGCCGUACAGUUGCAACGUUUGUGGCAAACGGUACCACGAUCAGCAGACGACGCUACAGCAUCAACGACGCCACACAGCAGUGGAUAAACCCUUCAAAUGCGAAUACUGUACGCGGCAGUACCAUCACCCGAACGACCUGAAACGGCACAUCGAUUUGCACCACGGAGUUGCGCGGUAUAACUGUAAAUACUGUGGUAAGGCAUUCGAUCGUAACGACCACGUUAAAGAUCACGAGACGAGCCAUGAAAACGGCACCGUUAAGCGCAAGCGUAGGAAUUAG